GGGGGACUCUCCAGGCUCUACACAGGCUGCCAUAACGCGGUUAAGCUCAGGCAGCUGGCGCAUCCUACCACGUAGAUAUGACGCAAAUAUGAUCACUUGCACGUUUUGACAACAUUUUUCAUCGUUUCGCCCGUGUCUUCUCUGUAUUCCCUAAGGAUAACAGCCACAACCCGAAUGCGUAUAUACGGAACCAGAAGUACCAUCAUCCUUCCCUGCCGACUGAGGCGAGGUCAUGUUUCACGCAACGCUAACAUCUCGAGUAGAUAUAGCGUCAAGGUAGCAGGCAUCGCCACGGAUGUUGUCAUCAGCGCUGCCAUUCCUUCAGAUGUCGGCGUGGAAGGAAAUAGGGAUCCAUGUUCAAUCUAUAUUAACUUUUUUUGUUAAAAUGGAUUGAACGUCUGUCAAUGUUAUUGGAGUAUGAACAUUUACUGCCAGUCUUCUCAGUUCAAAUCCAGAACUGGGAGGGCGUCCAAGAUUGGACGUCCAUUGCUGUCAAUGGCAGUGAAUGAUUUCCUGUGACCCUGUGUGUCUUGAUCCCAAACUGAAGUAGUGGUGUGGCCAUUUUCCCUUAUCUGUAACCAAAAUCUCCGAAAGGAUGUGAGCUUUGUCAAAAAACGGGAGGAAAAAAAAGCAACAAGCGCUGGAACAAGUUGGAUCGCAUGUCUGUGAUGGACGGACGGCUCCAUUGAUACCAGACUGCAUCGGCUUGUUUGGACGUAGACGAUGGUGUUGUUUCUGAUAGGGGUCUCUGCAGCCGUGAACAUUUCAUCUCAUGACAACCAAACGGCAGGGAACCCCACCCACCAGGGUGCUCAUGUGCUGCCGUCCACGCUGAUCUUGUCCCUUGUCCUCAUAUUCGCCGUCCUACUGAUCAUCUACUGUCUCAGGUUCAAGAACCACAGGAAAGCUCUUGUUACGUCUGUUGAUAAAAAGCUUCCAAAUGGCUUCCUGGAGGAACAAGGAGAGCAAAGAGUGGUCCUCCUCCCCAGAUCCCCCUCACCCUCCAAGAGGUACUUCCCCAUCCCGCUGGACGCACUGGAAGAGGAGUACCGCGUCCGCUCGGCCGACGACGGCAAACUUUUCAGAGAGGAGUUCAACUCGCUGCCGUGUUACUAUCACCACGGGUCCUUUGAGGAGGCCAGCAAGGAGCAUAACAGAGACAAAAACAGAUACCCCAACAUUUUACCAUAUGACCAUUCCAGAGUCGUAUUGAGCCACAUUGGACAUUUGUGUUCCGAUUACAUAAACGCCUCUUAUAUAGAUGGUUUUAAGCAAAAGAAGAAAUUCAUUGCUGCGCAAGGUCCAAAGCUGGAGACAGUGGCUGAUUUCUGGCGGAUGAUUUGGGAGCAGAAGACGGCAACGAUAGUGAUGCUGACCAAUCUCAAAGAAAGAAAAGAGGACAAGUGCUUCCAGUAUUGGCCAGAAAAAGGCUGCUGGAUGUACGGCAACAUGAGGGUGGCCAUGGAGGACGUCACCGUUCUGGUGGAUUACACGGUUCGCAAAUUCUGCAUUCAGUAUCAGGGCAGCGAUGGGCCCCGGGCCCCGUGUCUGGUCACUCAGCUCCAUUUCACCAGCUGGCCAGACUUCGGGGUGCCAUUCUCGCCCAUCGGCAUGCUGAAAUUCCUCAAGAAGGUCAAGGCUGUCAACCCGUCCUACGCUGGACCCAUUGUGGUGCACUGCAGCGCGGGAGUGGGGAGAACGGGCACAUUCAUUGUCAUUGACAGCAUGAUCGACAUGAUGCACAUGGAGCAGAGAGUGGACGUCUUUGGCUUUGUGAGCAGAAUAAGAGAGCAGCGCUGUCAACUCAUCCAGACCGAUAUGCAGUACUCCUUCAUCUACCAGGCCCUUUUGGAGUACUACCUGUACGGAGACACCGAACUGGAUGUGUGCUCUCUGGAGGGACAUCUGCACGGGCUUCACAACACCAGGGCCCCCCACGACAGACUGGGCCUGGAGGAGGAGUUCCGGAAGCUGACCAAUGUGCGCAUAAUGAAGGAGAACAUGAGAACGGGAAACCUCCCAGCCAACAUGAAGAAGAACCGCGUGCUUCAGAUCAUCCCGUAUGAUUUCAACCGAGUCAUUCUUUCAGUGAAAAGAGGGCAGGAGUUCACCGACUACAUCAAUGCCUCUUUUAUUGACGGCUACAGGCAGAAGGACUAUUUCAUCGCAACCCAGGCCCCCCUGUCUCAUACGGCGGAGGACUUCUGGAGGAUGGUGUGGGAGUGGAGGUGCCACUCAAUCGUUAUGCUUACUGAACUAAAGGAGAGGGAGCAGGAAAAGUGUUUCCAAUAUUGGCCAUCAGAGGGCAGUGUGACAUUUGGAGACUACGCUGUGGAGCUGAGUGGAGAUUCGCAGGGUGAAACCUUCACCCUCAAAGACCUGCUGCUGACUUGCAGACAAGAGAACAGGUCUCAACACGUCCGCCAUUUCCACUUCCACGGAUGGCCAGAGAUCGGAAUACCGGCGGAGGGCCGUGGGAUGAUUGACAUUGUGGCCUCGGUGCAGAGGCAGCAGCAGCAGUCUGGAAACCGUCCCAUCGUCGUGCACUGCAGCGCCGGCGCGGGUCGGACGGGCACCUUCAUCGCCCUCAGCAACAUUCUGGAGCGCGUGAAGGCUGAGGGCCUUCUGGACGUCUUCCAGACCGUCAAGAGUUUACGCAUGCAGCGUCCGCAUAUGGUGCAGACUGUGGUAAUGUUUGCCAAUGAGACACAAACACAACAAAACCCACUCGCCGAGUUUGCGUCGCGCAUGUUAACGCCGCCCGUCUUAAUGCGAUGUUUAUUUUUUGUUUGGGUUUGUUUUCCAGGAGCAGUACGACUUCUGCUACCGAGUGGUGCAGGAUUUUGUCGACAUCUUCUCCGACUACGCCAACUUUAAAUAACGCGCUCAUUCUCCCG